UUUCUUUAUGCAAUAAGAGCAUCUGAAAUGACUGAAGAGCAAGUUAAGAAAACCAUCCUUAGUCUCUUGACUUCUUCACCUCAAGUCGCUACAAUAACUACACUUCAGCGAGACUUCAAGGAACUUGUAGGGGGUGCAAUUCCAUUUUACAAAUUUAACUAUAAUUCUGCGGAACAUUUCUUUAAGAGCAUUACGGACAUAUGCACGGUGACUAACUCAGGGCCGUUUGCUCAAGUACAUCCCAAGAUAUCGGAGAAUAGUAUUCAUGUAAAUGAGAUGGUUACUCUUCAAAAAAAGAAAAGUGGAACGCCAAGAAGAAGAAAUCCUAAACAGUCAGGUUUUCCUAUAAACAGAAGGCCUCAAUUUUCUGGAUACAAUACACCAAACUACUACGCGUUCAGUCCUAACGCUUCGACGUCUCACUUAAGCAUAAGAAAUUACGAGUUUGGAGGAAACCAUAUAAAUUUCUCUACUCGAGUACCGAGCAUGUCCACUCCUAUAUUAAAACCACCACAAAAUAUGACAAAAUCAGAAAAUUCUAUUACUACUGAUCAAAACAUGAAAAAUACCAAUUUAAGUAAUAGCAGCACUCCUAAAAAUAGCAAUGAAAAGUCAAUUAUCCAACCUAUUGAAAAUGGUUAUGGUGGUAGCAAAAAAGUGGAAGAGACACCCAAGGAUAAUCAGACCAAUAACCACAGUAGUCAUCUGGGCUCCACUUCUGUACGGCAAAAGUUGGACCAGCUAAUUAUUAAUCAGAUUAAGGCGGGCAAUGUUUCCAAGCCAACAUGCGGUGCAUCUACCUCAGGAGAGUCUCUCGAGCACGUUCAAAAAUGGGUAAAUUCAAACAAUAACAUAAUACCUGAUAAUGCACCGAAAGAUAUUAGUAAUUAUCUCCACCAAUCACUGGAUGACUCCUGUACGAGUAGACUCAUCAGCCUUGACCUUAAUGAAACCAAAGAAAUCACUGAUACCUCAAAUGUCCCAAAGAAAGUUCAAAAUAAUUUACAGACUCUUAUUAGUAAAUUUGCAGAAGGAAUAUGGGUCUCUGAUCUUCCUGAUCGAUAUAGGCAAAUGUUUAGACGGGAAUUAGCAUGGCUUGAAUAUGGAUAUACUAGUUUAAUAGAAAUGUGCGUAGCCUGCGGUCAUAUUUUUCACUAUGUUAGGCCAGAACUAGGGGGAGAUUUUAAGCUGUAUGAUCGGACUAAACCCUUGCCCGCUAAUGCCGAAAAAAAGUUUACUAUGGCUAGCUAUGGUGCGGGAACAAAGGCAUCGCCAACAUUUCUCGACGAUCCCCUACCAGAUCUGGACUUUUGGGAUUUUAAAGGUCGCAUACCUGAUGAUAUUUUCGAAUAUGGUCACGAGAUUCCCAAACAGUUUUUACCAGAAGGUACCAGAGCGGAAAAUGUUUUCGAUGUUGUAGUAGUAGAGAUUUAUGAUCCGUCGAAAUUUUGGUGUUAUUUAGGGACUUCUGAUACUCACAGUUCUUUGGACGAGGUCAUGGAUCGAUUGAAAGUAUUUUAUGGGGAGCCUGAAAAUGCAAAGCGAUAUAGUAUUCCAUUGGGAGCUAUAAAGGAAGGAUUGUAUUGCGUUCAAAUGAUUUAUGGAGAAUAUCAUCGUGCUAGGGUAGUAAAGGUUUAUCCUGAUGACAAUGAACAUGUUAGGCUAUUGUAUAUAGAUUACGGAACCGUAUGUAAAAAUACUGUAAAAGGAAUGUGCUUCCUUAAAUCGGAGUUUGCCGAAACGCCUGCCCAAGCCAUUAGGUGUCGCUUAGCCAAUAUUAAACCAGUAAAUAAAGGUCAUCCUUGGCCACGAGCAACGUCAGACCGUUUCCGAGAGUUGAUAAACCGCAGAGACACCAAAAUUAAGAUUUCCUAUAUCGACUGGAGGGCGGAGUACGUGUGUGUUUUUCUCGCCGACGUCACCGAUCCUAAAGUAGUGUAUAUCAAUGAACUGUUAGUGCAAGAACGUCAGGCCAUGUGGGACGAUGAGACACAAAUCGCUCCGUUUGUGCUGUCAAAUUUCACGUGCAAAGUGCAAAAUUUACAUCUGUUUCCUACUUUUCUUGAGUUGGAGCAUGGGAUGGCGCCCAAUGCCGCUGAAAUAUACACCUUAGAAGAGAUGCUUGUGCCUUUGCAAUUUUGUAUUCCCCAGUAUUUUGACCGUAAUCCGGAGAUUUCAAGUGACGUUGAUAGCGAUCUCGACGAAUUCGAAAGUACCUUUAUCGAAACAGUAAAACAUCGUAGGAAAAUCAUACCGUGGCAUAAAAUUGACUUUCGGGAUGUUAGCCGCCCUUCCACCACCGUUAAUUUCAGCAUUUUUGGUGAAAUGAAAGAUGAAAUGAUCGAGUUUUAUAAUGAAUUUAAUGGUUCUAAUAAAGUGCAUAGCUCUGAGAUUCAUGAAGAUUAUUUUGUUGAUGUCGAGGAGAAUAGCGGUGAAAGUCCGCAACCGAGGGACCCAGAAUAUGAGCCAUUAAAGCUGUUUUCCGAAACCCGAAAACUUUCAGAGAAUAUAAUACAAGAAUUAGAAAAAUAUAAAUAUGACGAAUUGAGUUUAUCAGACAAUGAAAGCAAAAGUUGUACUUAUGACGAGGUAACGCAACUCGUGGAUUCCGAAUAUAGCAAUUAUAACUGUGGAGGCAGGAAUAAUUAUAAAAAAUUACCUAUCACUCAUAGAAGUAUUAGUGAUUUAGAUUUGUCUACUAUUUCGGAGCGAAGCGAAAAUGAGAAAGAUUCAACCGUAUCGCCUGCUCCUUUUAGACCGUUUUCAACUUUAAAUAUCGACUCUGUUCCUGAAGUUAACAUAUUUGAUAACCCAGAAGCCUUCGAAAAUUCCUCAGAUAGUGUUUCUCCAGUCACAGCGCAAGACUUUUUUAAAUCGUUGGAAGAUCGAUUAUGUCCGAAAAACGUGGGUUUGGGUAGCGAUGGACGGGAGGCUACAACGAAUUCAUCAAUUUCCUGUUCCAACCCCUUUAAAUUAGACAUGUUAGCGAGUGACGAUCCUUUCGAUUUAUUCCUGAAACGAUGUGCAAGAAAUUUUCUAUCUGUCUCAGUAUGUGAUAAAAAAACUGAAUUUGGAGAUAUUCCAGACACUGUUUCAGAGUUAGCUUCUCUUAAAGAAGAGUCAGAUUCAUCACGGUCGGAAAGACUAACGGAUUUGAAAACUACUGAUUUGCCAUUAGAAAGUGAAAUAAAACAUACUAACAUUAAUUCUUUAUGUAUUACCAAUCCUUUCUGGGACGCAUUGGAGGAUCUAAAAUCUCUUGAGGGUAGCGGAAAAACUGACAUUUUCGAAAAGUCUAAAUUACCUGAACAACCCACUCGAACGGAAGAUAUCGAACAAAUGGAUAUUUUUAAAAGUGAAUCUCAAUCAGAUUCGGAUGGGUCGGAUUAUAAGGUUUUCGUGCCUAAACGAAAAUCGCUAACAUCUUCUGAUAGUAAAAAAAAUUAUGCUUCUUCUAAUCAUUCAAAACCUAAUUCUGAGGAGUUGGAUUACUUAAAAAACUCUGUUGCUACUAGUAAUCAGGGAUCAGGAGCAAAAAAUAUGUCUGUUCACGCAGAAGUUUUUGUACCAUUGAACAUGACCUACCAGUUACCGUAUUGGCCAGUACCUCAAUAUGCGCAAUGGAGUAAUGGUAGUAAUUUUCCUAGUUCUUACCAAGUAGUUGAUCCACCAGCGCCACUUCCUCAGCAACCUGUAAGGCCUCCGCCUGGAUUCUCGUCAAUACCGGCGUAUGCUCCUAAAUAUCAGAAUUAUCCACCGGUUCACCCACAGCUAAACCCCUAUAUGGCGGCUAGAAUGCAGUCUUCGAUGUUUCCUGCUCAUUACCAACCUAUGUACUAUAAUAGGCCAUCAAUCCAACCCCAAGAAAAGGAUUUUUAUGAUUUUAUUAAUAAAAAAGGUGGACAAAGGCCAUAGUGUUAUUUUAGCUUUUUAUAAAAGAAGAAAUUUGUUGUUGAUUUGUUACGGUAUUGGUUAUUAGUUAAGUUUAAGCAUUAUUACGCAUCUAUUAGGGUUAGGUUAUUACAAAAUUUCAAUAAACUCCAUUGUUUGUUUUUACACACUUGACACUGUUUUGUAUUAAUCUGUUUUUAGGUUUUAUAUUUUCUAUAAUGUUAUUUUGUCAACAAUAAAAUGCAAUUUUACUUUAAA